UCGUUUCAACAACUUUUCCCCCUCGCUCGCGCUCGCCGUCGGCCCCAAUCUCGCCGUCAGCGGUGGUCGCGUCGUGCCCCCUUCGGUGGUCGCACGGUUUCGCCUCUGUUCAUGUGAUCUGUUCCGCACUCAUUCUAAGGUGAUAGUGGAGAGUGAUGGCCGGAACUUCGUCUUCUGAAAUUGACAUCCCUGAAUUUCCAUCAAGUCUUAAUGUCCUUGUCAUUGAUACUGAUUCCGGAGUUCUUGAAUACAUGGAGAAAUCAUGCAAAGAAAAGUCUCAUAAAGCUGUAAUAUGCUUUGAAUCUUCAAUGGCUGUGGAAGUUUUGCGGAAAGAAGAAAUAGAGAUUCAUAUGAUCGUCAUGGAGCUUAAUAUGCCAAUGAUGAAUGGCUUUGAAUUCCUGCAAUUUCUCGAUGAAGAAGGAUUUGAUAUUGCUUUUGUCAUGAUGUCUGAUGAUUUUACUCUGUCUACCAUGACAAAGGCUUUCCAACUUGGAGCUAUAUUCUAUUUCAUAAAACCCUUCGGUGAUCGGUUGUUAGAUUUGUGGCCACCUUUCUUAAAGCAUUAUUACGACAGGCGUCACUUAGAAGAUGAUGAGACAGGUGACGGAGAAGCCAAAGCCGAUGAAGAUGAUGAGACAGGUGAUGGAGAAGCCAAAGCCGAUGAUACCCUCCACAAGAAAGAUGAUACCUUCCACAAGAAAGAUUGAUAUCCUUCACAAGAAAGAUGACACCCUAGUAUGAUCAGCAGACUUAUGCAAAAUUCAUAGUUGGUUUAGAAGCUAAAAAGUUGCAGCUACUAAAUAAAGAGACUGAGAAGAAUAUAAAAUUACAUACUUAAUUUCCUUCGUUAA